GAGUCCCAAUAGGCAGCAACAUAUUCGCUCCCUUACUUUAUCAAUCUAACCUUAUCUUCCUCCUCUCCUUCUACUAGUUACUUUGUAUGAAUUAACACCAACCUAACCUAUCCAAUCCACAACAAUGACCUCAAUAUCAACAUCCACCCUCCCCACCAUCACCCGCUCCACCUUCAUCAACAGCACUUUCAACGAGCUCACCCCCUCCGACACCAUCACCCGCAGCGACCUCCGCGACGUAACCAUCACCUGCUCCGGCGGUGCCAAAACCCCCACCAGCCUCCUUCGCUCCGCCCUAACAUCCUGCAUCGUCAAGCACUCAUCCACUUACCGCUCCAAGCUAACCCACACCACCCUCACUAACGCCAUUGUCUCCCGCACCGAAGCCACGCAUGCCUCCUUCGACGUCUACACCUAUUCGCACCGAAGCACCCUUUCCAACGUGAUUCUCCGCGAUCGCGCCUCUGUGAAGCGCAGCAAGGUGAAAGAUACUAGUUUAUUGUGCGGGAGUUCUCUCUGGCGAAGUAAUGUGUCGAAGUGCAUGAUUGCCGAUGAGUGUCGGGUGCAGCGGUGCAAAUUGGUGGACUGUGAUGUGUUGUAUUGUGUGCUGGUGAGGACGGAUCUGGAGGGGAUGGUGGUUAGGAAUGGGGUUUGGAAGGAUGGGGUGUUGGUGGGGAGGGUUAGGGAGGGGGAGGAGGUGGUGGUGUUGAAGAAGGGGGGUGAGGGGAAGAUGCAGUUUCCUGUUGAUGAGAAGAAGUUGGGUAGCAAGGAUGUGAAGUAUUGGUUGGAGGAGGAGAGUUCGGACGAAGAGGGGGAGAGGGAGAUGUCGCCGCCGCCGGCGUAUACGGCGUAGAGAUGUGAUGUUAGAAGCCCAUUUGUGGUAACUGGUUGUGUACAUGUUGUAUAUAGCACUUUCCCAUGGGUUCUACAUGUAAAUUUUACGCUCUUCUGAAGUCUCGGUGGCAUACUAUUGUAACGGAGUACUAGACCGGCUGGAGUACAACGAUUGCUCCAUGCAAUCGCAAAGUAU